AUGGCAACCUCAACUCUUCUCCUUAUAUUCAAAUCAAUAUCGAUCAUCUUCGGCGCUUCCACAGUAAUCACAGGAAUACAAGCACUACUAAAUCCAGUCGCGUUCAGCAAGACGUUUGGAAUCACAGUGCCAAAAGAGAAAGAUACACCCAUUCUAAGAAGUUACAUAACACUGAUGGCAACGCGACAAUUGGCGACGGGAACUUCUGUACUAUUGUUAGCAAGAAUUGGACAUUAUAUAUCGGUUGCAUACAUCCUAAUGGUGGCGGGGAUCAUCGUUGCGGGAACGGAUGGAGUGUUUAUUGCGAAAAAUGGAAGCGUCAAAAUGGGUAUUGUACAUGCUGGACCGGGAUUCGUUAUUGCUGCUGUUGCUGCUGCUACUAUCUGGUUAGAGGGUUAG